AUGGCGUGCUUCAACAGCUCCAUCCGCGUAAUGAUACUGGUUUUCAUCAACACGGUGGUCAUCGGCGGCACUGCCUCCAUCAUCUACACGUUCGAGCGGGGCAUAAAGGCACCCCAGGUCAUCCUCAUGUUCUUUGGCUUAUUCAACGCCACCAUCUACCCCAUCUUCUGCCUCACGCUCUUCCCGUGGUCCAGUCUAGGGCGUUGCCUGUGUCGCGUCGGUGUGCUGCUCUGCCUGCCGUGGGGCCGCAUGCGCCGGGCCUGGAGCGCCGCCGCCGCCGGCGACCACGACGGCGGCGAUAGUGGCUUUGGUUUGCCGGAGAUUGUGGUGCAGAGACAGGGCCAGCAGGUCAGGAACGUGUUUCCUAGGGAGGCGGCGCCACCGCUUCCCGGCGAAGUAGGACCUGGUAGAGCUGUCGUCGUUGCUGCCGGCGACGACGACAUACCUGCGUACGCGUACGAGCAGCAGGCCGGCGGCGGCGCGGUGCCGGAGUACGGCACGCCGUCGUCGGCAGAGUGCGCGGUGUGCCUAGGAGCGCUCGAGAAGGGGGAGAUGGUGAAGAGUCUGCCGGUGUGCUUGCACGUGUUCCACCAGCACUGCGUCGACCAGUGGCUGCACCACCGCCCGACGUGUCCGGUCUGCCGGUGCAACGUCUUCCCUUCACGUACUGCCGCCAUUGCCGGGCUAAGUAGUAUAGCAUGA